AAAUGGCAGGAACGCAAUCUCUUCCUUCAGAUCCCAAUCUGAACCACCGUUACCAAAACCGUACCAAGAAGCAAGAACAAGAAGAAGAAGAGGAAAACAAAAAAAAAAAAAAAAAAAGAAAAAAAAAUGACGGAGAAAAACGAUGAUGGUCAUGGUGUUGAGAGCCUGGAUUUCCUGCCCUCGACUCUACUGGAAACCAUCAUGACGAAGCUCGAUGUCUCAUCAAUCUGCUCCGUCGCCAUCACUUGCAGAACUUUCAAGUCCUGCGUUUCCAAUAUUCUCUCUUUCAUCCCCAAUUUCCACCUCCUUGAAAUUGCACCUUCGGUGGAUUUGUUGCGGCCUCUACUGCCGGAAAAUCCAUAUCUGAGGAGCCUAAAGGUAGACUGUGGUAAGCUUGAUGAUUCAGCGAUUGAGAUUUUGCUAAGGCCUUCUUUGCGAGAGCUUUGUCUUGUCAAUUGCUCGGAUUUUAGCGGGAAGUUGCUCUCUGAGAUUGGAAGCAUGUGCAAUAAUCUAAGGUCUCUGUGCUUGGGAUCGGUGGCUGAAAAAAGAGGACGGGCAAUUCACAUUUCUGAUUUGGAGGAGUUACUCAGUGGUUGUACUCAGUUAGAAGCACUCGUCCUCAUGUUUGACGUCUCAUUAUUUCUUCGUCAUAAUUUUGCUCGAGUUUGGGCUUUGGCAUCAAAAAAGCUAACUUCUCUUGAGAUUGGCUACAUCUCAUCUGUAAUGGUGACUGAACUGCUUAGCCCAAAUUUAGGAUUUAAUCAAUCGCCAAACCAUAUUCAAUCUUCCAUAUUGCCAAGCAUUCAGAAAUUGUGCCUUUCAGUUGACUAUAUAACUGAUGCCAUGGUGAGUACGAUUUCUAAAGGUCUUAUGUACUUGAGUCACUUGGAUCUUCGAGAUGCACCUAUCAUCGAACCAAGAGUUACAUUUGACCUUACAAAUGCUGGCCUUCAACUAAUUAAUCAGCAUGGAAAAUUGAAGCAUCUGUCAUUGGUCCGUAGCCAGGAAUUCCUCUUUACCUAUUUUAGAAGAGUAAAUGAUCUAGGCCUCCUCCUAAUGGCUGAUAAGUGUGCAAACAUGGAAAGCAUAUAUCUUGGUGGCUUCUGCCGUGUUACAGACACAGGUUUCAAAACGAUCUUGCAUUCAUGUUCCAAAUUAUAUAAGCUUAGAGUGUCUCAUGGAACCCAAUUAACUGAUUUGGUUUUCCAUGAUAUUUCUGCAACAUCCCUCUCUCUACUACAUGUCAGCUUGAGAUGGUGUAAUCUGAUAACCAACUAUGCAGUUGCCAAUUUGGCAUCUAAUAAGGACCUUAAAGUUCUUGAUUUGAGACAUUGUAGAAACCUUGGGGAUGACGCUCUCCGAGCCAUAAGGAAUCUCCCAAAGUUGAAGAUCUUACUAUUGGAUGGCUCUGAUAUAAGUGAUGCAGGACUGGCUUACUUAAGGCCUAGGGUUAUACGGUCACUAGUUUCAUUGUCUGUUAGAGGAUGCAAAAAACUAACAGAUAAAGGCCUCUCUGCACUUUUCGAUGGCUCCUCCAUAACAGAGUUGCGAGAAUUGGACCUAUCGAAUCUUCCUAAUCUCUCUGACAAUGGAGUCCUAUUACUGGCAAAAAGUAGGAUACCAAUUUUUGAAUUACGAAUGCGACAAUGCCCACUCAUAGGCGACACGUCAAUCAUGGCAUUAGCCUCGAUGCAGGUUGACGAGGACCGGUGGCAUGGUAAUAGCCUGCGGUUGUUGGAUCUAUAUAACUGUGGUGGCAUAACACAGCUUUCCUUCCGGUGGUUAAAGAAACCAUACUUUCCAAGGUUGAGAUGGUUGGGAGUGACAGGGUGUGUAAAUAGAGACAUGGUUGAUGCUUUAGCUCGGAGUAGACCAUUCUUGCAUGUGGCAUGCCAUGGUGAGGAGCUGGGGUCUGAGCAAUGGGAUAGCUCUGACGGGUUGUUUACGCAUGACUAUGAUGAAGUGGAUGAGCUUGAACAGUGGCUUCUAGAAGGAGAGGGUGAGAGUGAUGAUGAAGAGAUGGUGGAUGCAGAAGAUAAUGCAGAACUCUUGCAGUAAUUUAGUAAGAUGUUGUUGUUGUUGCUGUUGUUGUAGUGUGUGUACUAUAUAUAUGUACAAUAUUGUUUUGUUAUUUAUGUAACUUUAUCAUCUAGUUAGUCAUUAGAGCUUAGUAGGUUAGCAGACUGCAUCCAUUUAUGUUGUUUGUAAGGACUAAGGAACUUUAUUAUUAUAUUAGCUUAAAGGCCAAGAAAUAUCAUCAGCUGCUACUGACGAUGAAAAAAUGGCGAUGCGGAACUCACGAAUUAAUCCGCACAAAUAACGUGUUUAUGCAGUAUGUAUAUAUAUACAUGCAAGUUUGAUUGCUUUUGUUAA